AAAUAAAUAUUAUAAUUAAAGCAUUGGGGUGGAGAUAAUGUGAUCUCGACAUGGAGGCGAAUCUGAGUUUCUUGGAGGUGUCGAAUGGGACAUUAAAUGCUACUUCUGACGGUGACGGCCUGCUCGGAGCAGCUAGUGUUUCGCAAUGGUACGAAAUGGGGAAAGUGCAGAUACCAUUGUACACCGUGAUAUUCCUGCUCGCUGUCGUUGGGAACACAUUAGUGAUCGUCACUCUGGUACAGAAUCAAAGGAUGCGAACGAUAACCAACUUAUUCUUGCUGAACUUGGCCAUAUCUGAUUUACUACUGGGCGUCCUCUGCAUGCCCUUCACGCUCAUCGGUGCCCUCCUGCGAGACUUUGUCUUCGGCGAAGUUAUGUGCAAACUUCUGCCCUUCUUGCAAGCGUGUUCCGUGUCCGUGGGAGUUUGGACGUUGGUCGCAAUUUCUGUGGAGAGAUAUUACGCCAUAUGUCAUCCGCUGAGGUCGCUCAGAUGGCAGACCAUCAGCCAUGCCUACAAACUCAUCAUCGCCAUUUGGGCGGGCAGCGUAAUCUGCAUGGGACCCAUCGCCUUACUCAGCCAGCUGAAGCCCACAAAUCAAGGGAAUCAUAAAUGCAGGGAAGAUUGGCACACUUUGGACUACGAGAAGGCUUUCAACAUCUUCCUCGACGUGGUGUUAUUGGUGGUUCCCCUCUUCGUACUAGCAGUCACUUACUCCUUAAUUACAAACACGCUAUGCAAAGGAAUGCAGACGGAGAGAACUCUCCGAGACAGCGGAGCUGGAGGUGUAGUUGAGGUGUACAUUAACAUGCAGAGCACGAGCAGCAAACGGUGGAGCCGCACUUCACGAGGCACCAGCCUACGCCAAUUACGCCAAAAUUGGUCGCAGGAUUCGACCUCUCCCAUUGGCUCCCAACGCACGGGUCUCAGACGAUCCAAUGCCGAACGAAGCCUCACCAACAAAAAGCGCGUCAUCAAAAUGCUCUUCGCCGUAGUCCUGGAAUUCUUCAUAUGUUGGACACCCCUAUACGUAAUCAAUACGAUCGUCCUCUUUGAUGCGGAAAUCGUGUACAACAAUCUGGGAUACACGGUUAUAGGAUACUUGCAGCUGUUGGCCUAUUCAUCGAGCUGCUGCAAUCCCAUUACAUAUUGCUUCAUGAAUUGCGGCUUCAGGAAAUCCUUCAUGAAAUUGUUCCGGUGUCAUCGGGAGGCGCAAUCGAAUAAAAGCCUUCUCAAUGGCAGCGAAUUCAAUAUGGAUACGAAGUGCGCCAUCAGGAACGAACCACUCUGACGGACCACCUUCAAAUCACCUGUAAAUAUACAACGCUGUACAUAUUGAAACUUACGUGAACGAAGCGAAACGCAAUUUUCAGUGUUAUUCAUCUCAUUGCGACAUCUUCAGGCCU